AUGUCGGCUCUGAUGCCGAACGAGAAGGUGGCGAACGUGGCUAUCGCCGUCGAGCUAUUCCCUGUCGGCGCCGGUGGACGUUCAGGAUUGGACAUUAUCUCUGUGAAGAAUAAUGGUGUCACGACUGACACGACCGUGGGACAGUACAUUGUGAAACUUCACGAGUUCCGACCGAGCCACAAGUACUACAUGUCGAGGUAG